AAUAUAAAACCAACCAUUCUAUAUUUUAGUCCUCUCUCUCUCUCCCUCUCUGUGACAUAUCAAGACUCCAUGGAGGACUACAACAGGUCAAGAUCAUAUUCAUAUUCCUCUUAUGGUGGUAGCAAUAUGCAGAUUGAGAGUUACCAUGGUCCACAAAUACCACCACCACCUGCUACUACUUCCUAUGAACUAAGGUCUUAUAGUGCCUCUUAUGCACAGUCUCAGAUGGCUAACAACAACUUCACCACCAACACUAGGGACUUUAAGCUCAAGACAGGCAAAAACGCUUCUGGGUCUUCUUCUUCUAAAUCUUGGAGCUUCACUGACCCUGAAUUUCAAAGGAAGAAAAGGGUUGCUAGUUACAAAAUGUACAGUGUUGAAGGCAAAGUCAAAGGGUCUUUUAGGAGGAGUUUCAGGUGGCUCAAGGAUCGGUACACCCAAGUGGUUUAUGGAUGGUGGUGAUUUGGUUGGUAUUUUUUCCCCUUUUCAUUUUCUUGUUGCUUAUCUUCUUUUUCCUUUUUCUGUUUUGUGUUUGUAUUUAAGUUCUUGGGGUGGCAAUUCAAAUUUCUGUCACAAAAAAUUUGUAGAUUGAUCUGUUAUUUUGGACUAGCUUUGAGUUAUAUAACUGAUUGUUGUUACUUUCUUUUUGCUAUCUGGAAAGAGGGUUCAAAUUAA